GUCUUCAUCGCACAGAUUCAUGGCCCUUGAGGAGCACGCAGCUUCCGACUCUGCCGUCUCCGGGAUUCGGUGGGACCUUUUCUUCCCCUGCACUGUCUGUUCCUGGGCAAGCUCUCCUCCUCCUUCCGAUGGGCUCUUUGGUUGCCAAGCUGCUUCUGCCAGCUCUCAGCAGCCUGGCUUUCCUCCCGACCAUUAGCAUCGCAGCCAAGAGGCAGUUCCACAUGGAGGCUAUGGUCUAUUUCUUCACCAUGUUCUUCGUAUCGAUCUACCAUGCCUGUGACAGCCCAGGACUGUCCAUCCUCUGUUUCAUGCAAUACGACACCCUCCAGUACUUCAGCAUCUACGGGACGGCCUUGUCAAUGUGGGUGUCGCUGAUGGCCCUGGCAGAGUUUGAUGAGCCCAAAAGGUCAACUUUUCUGAUGUUUGGCGUGCUCACCAUUGCGGUCAGGAUCUACCAUGACCGAUGGGGAUACGGUGUUUACUCAGGACCAAUCGGGACAGCUGUUCUGGUGAUAACCAUAAAAUGGUUGCAAAAGAUGAAAGAGAAAAAAGGCCUGUAUCCGGACAGAAGUGUCUACACACAGCAGAUUGGACCUGGCUUCUGCUUUGGAGCCCUGGCACUGAUGCUGAGGUUUUUUUUCGAGGAGUGGGACUACACCUACGUCCACAGCUUCUACCACUGUGCCCUAGCCAUGUCCUUUGUCCUCCUGCUGCCCAAAGUGAACAAGAAAGCAGGCAACGGGGGAUCCCCAGCCAAACUGGACUGCUCAACACUUUGUUGCUGUGUUUGAUUCGGGUUGCCUUUGUUGGUGGGGGACACUGAAGAGUCCACCACUGGAACUGAAGACAUGUCUGCACCAGAGUCUUUUCCAUGUUUUGCCCAGGCCCUGUGUGGCUGGCCACCUGUCCCACUGAAUGUCACCUACCAUUAACAACGCCAAGAGUUCAAUAAGCCACCUACCUGGCAUAUGCAAAAUCA